ACAAAAACAUGGAAACAAUAUGUUCCCUGUAUUUGGAGAAUUCCUUAACAUUUAUAUGAGAAUCUAUGGAAUGUAAGGUGAAUUACAUAAUGUACAUGAAGGUAAUCGAAUACUACUGUUCCAUAAAGAACAACAAAGAUGAAGAAUUCAAAGGAACAUGGAAAUAAUUGAAAGAAGUGAUGCGGAGUCAAAAGAACCAACUUUACAAAGAUUGCAACAAUGUAAAUGAGGUCAGCCUGGAGAGGUAACAAAACUCUGGGUAAGUAUUCCUACCGUGUUGUUGAAGUUUAAAGACACAACUCUUUUUCCUGUUAAUAGAAGACAAUCAAAUAUGGCUUGGUAGGAUAUUGUUUGGGAAAUAUCUGUUGUGUCCAAACAAAAAGUAUCAAUACUCUACAUAAAGAGACCACUGUCUAGGUAUGUAAUAAGUAUUAUUGUUAUCAUACAACUAGGUAAAGAUUAGAUCUGGUCCGGUGGAAACUGAAACUCCUCUUAGCCAAACCUAUUUGAAACGCAACUCUAAAGUAAGUGGUUUUCUUAUCCAGACCCCUCUUAGCUCUAAGCAUAUAUUGCAGCAGCUUCCUCCCCCCUAAGGAGGGCGGUAACAUCCUAGCUGCUCGCCUAGGGAAAAAAUGUGUAACAGUAUGCUUCUUAGCGGAGGAGGGUGGGGAGAGAGGGAGGGAGAUUCGCCUUCGGUACUUUCUGGCUGCCUCCGCUUGCCGUAGCUCACUCGGCCCGCCUGGGUUUCAAUACGCUACGCGUUGCAGUUUGACGAGGUUGGGUCUUGUCCGCCGCCAGCUGUUUUUUUUUUUUUAAAGCCAUGGCUGCUGCAGCUGCUUCUUCCUUUUCCUAUUUCCCUUCGCCCCUUCCCCCAGCCUGGUCCGAGUCUCUGUACUGCCUGAGCCCGGAGCACGUGCAGGAGCGGUUGCAAGACGACGCGGUAGAGACGGUCACCUCCGUGGAACAGGCAAAAGUAGAAGAUAAGAUACAAGAGGUCUUCAAUACUUAUAAGAUCAACCAUCAUGUGCCAAGACUUAUUCUGCAUCGAGAGAAGCACUUCCAUUACCUGAAAAGAGGUCUUCGACAACUGACAGAUGCCUAUGAGUGUCUGGAUGCUAGCCGCCCCUGGCUCUGCUAUUGGAUCCUGCACAGCCUAGAACUGCUUGAUGAACCCAUUCCUGAGUCUGUGGCUUCAGAUGUAUGUCAGUUUCUGGAGCGAUGUCAAAGCCCAACAGGUGGCUUUGGAGGGGGACCUGGUCAGCACCCACAUCUUGCACCUACAUAUGCAGCAGUCAAUGCAUUGUGUAUCAUUGGCACUGAAGAGGCCUUUGAUGUAAUCAACAGAGAGAAACUCCUAGAAUACCUCUACUCCUUGAAGCAACCUGAUGGUUCUUUUAUCAUGCACAUUGGAGGUGAGGUGGAUGUCAGAAGUGCUUACUGUGCUGCUUCAGUUGCAUCCCUAACUAACAUCAUCACACCUAAACUUUUUGAAGGAACUGCUGAAUGGAUAGCAAGGUGUCAGAACUGGGAAGGUGGAAUUGGUGGUGUGCCAGGCAUGGAGGCCCAUGGUGGCUAUACUUUUUGUGGACUGGCAGCACUAGUCAUCCUCAAGAAGGAGAAAUCUUUAAACCUGAAGUGUUUGUUACAAUGGGUGACAAGCCGGCAGAUGAGGUUUGAAGGUGGAUUUCAGGGCCGAUGCAACAAGUUGGUGGAUGGCUGUUAUUCUUUCUGGCAGGCAGGGUUACUGCCACUGCUCCAUCGAGCACUGCAUGCUCAAGGUGAUCCUGCCCUUAGUAUGAGUCGCUGGAUGUUUCACCAGCAGGCUUUGCAGGAAUAUAUUCUUCUCUGCUGUCAGUGCCCUGCAGGGGGGCUUCUGGAUAAACCUGGAAAGUCGAGGGACUUCUACCAUACCUGUUAUUGCCUCAGUGGAUUAUCCAUAGCACAACACUUUGGCAGUGGAGAGAUCUUAUGUGAUGUGGUCUUGGGAGUGCCAGAAAAUCGCUUGCAACCUACUCACCCUGUGUACAACAUUGCACCAGAUAAGGUGGUCCAGGCCGUCAUGUAUUUCCUGCAGAAGCCCAUCCCAUGUGUGGAAGAGGAGGUAGCAGCAAGUUCUGCUGCCACUGACUAAAAGACACCGUGUCCCCUCCACUCUGUGUCCAUCCACUUCCCUGGUACACAGCUUAUCCACAGUGUACACAGUGCUGUACAAAGCCUUAGCUACCAUGGAGCUCUAUUUUUUUCCCUUUCUUAAAACACAGCUAUAUGUGUGUAUAUGUGUAUGUGCAUGCAUACACAUGCUUGCAUGUCUGUACACACACACACACACACACAAAUGGUCCCAGGUUUCAAGAACAUUGUGUUUUGUCAUUGUUCUUUUUAUGCCUAGGAGGCCAGCCAGACCAAAAACCAACUGGCCCAUGUGAAAUCACUAAUCAGCUUUGGCCUAGUUAUGGUGUGCUUGGGGAGCACUGCAUGCUGAGAAGGAAGCGGUCUCCUUCCUGUUAGCUUCCUAAGCCUGGACAAUUGUAUUUAAACUAAUAAUGUAUGUGAGUAUUUUAGCAUCAAUUGCUGCUGUUUCUGCUUGCACUCCACUGUAAAUUUGCCAGGAGAGAUGCCCUUCCAGGAGUAGCAAAUAAGCCCCCUCUGAAGCCAUGGGAUCACUUACGGUCCUUUUAAGAUGUUUUCCCAAAAAACAUGGAUAGGGACUCCAUUGAUAGCGAAGCCCCAGUGUAUUUCUUUAGUUGCUCCCACCUGCUGCCCUAAAUCCCAAGGCAAGGGAGAUGCGGUGGGAAGAUCUGUGUCGUGUCUCCCUGUGGUUGGUAGAGACUGAAGCCUUCUUUCCCAUCACCGGAGCCUGGGAGCUUUCAGUUCCUCCCCAAGGCCACUGUCGCACUGAUAGGAUUUUAUUCAUCCUUGGGUGCUAUAAAGGAGAGCUGGGAGACCAGUGCGGUGUGGGAAACGAGCCUCCAGCUUACAUCUGCACAGCAAGAAGAAGCAAAUCCCCGUGCCUCGCUUCCCUCCCCUUCCAUCAUGUAUCUUUAAAACAACCUGCAUCCAGGAGGGAGUCUCUGCAUUAGGGUGAGGUCCCCGGAGCCUGUGACAUUCCGGGCAUCACCCUUCCCCCAAUCCCUUCAAACUCCUUCCUUCCUCCCUGAGAAGAUCCACCCUCCCACCCCCAGGUUAACACUACUAAGUCUUUCACUUUAAAUCCGACCCAGGAUUCCUGGUGUCCUCCCUCUCGUUGGGUCACAGAAAUGAGGUUAAAGCCUUCGGGACAGAGGCCCUUAUGUGGGCAGUUAGAGUAGCAUCGGGCUGGAGAGAGCUCGCGCUGAGGGGAGGCUCAUGGCCAGUUGGCGCCCGGAUGCCUGUCCAUGCUGAACAUCUCCACGUAGUCACCUCAUUCAAGGCUGCAUUGUAAUUUGCCUCCUGACUUGAAACCCAUUUGCUGCUGCAGUUAAAGUGGAACUCAUCAUUACUGACCUGGACUUUGCCCAAACGGCAGUGAUGGACGUUGGUGGGGUGGCUCAGAAACGCAGAAUUAGGAACUUCUGCUGUCAAACUCUGGCCAUUUUCCACUUCUCAUAUCCUAUUGCUUUUGCUUAUUGGGCUAUGUAUUACCUCCUUUAGAUAAUAAAAUAGUAACAUUUUUUUA